AUGAACUUUACUACAUUUAAAGAUAGAGCAAUGGAUGUUGAUCCAGAUAUUAGAUUUAUGGCAUUGGAAGAUUUAAAAAAAUAUCUUACUUCUGACUCAAGUUUGUCAAAUAUUUCCAAUUCAAAAACUUCACUCGAUUCAUUAUUGAAUCAAGUAUUUCCAAUCGUUUUAAAUAUGUUAGACGAUCAAAAUCCAGAAGUUCAAAGUCAAGCAAUCAAAUCAUUUGAACCAAUGGUUAAAUAUUUAAAAAAUGAUUCAUUAAUAAAAUUAAUCAAAAAAUUAUUCACCUUAGUUUUACAAGCCACAAAAGAAUCAAGUUUUACAAUAUCUAUUCCUAAUAUGGCUUUAAGAUCAUUAUUUGUUCAAUCUAAUUCAAAAGAUAACUCAAAUUUUGUAAGUGAUAAAUUGACAAAUUCAAAUUAUAAAUUUGAUAAAAAAACUUCAAGAUUAAUUUUAGAUUAUUUGUUACCACAAUUUUAUGAAAACAGAGUAAGUAUAGAUAUAAUUGAGUUAUUGAUUGAUAUUUUAAAUGAAAUUGGUUACGUGUUGAAAGAGAAAGAAUUAUAUGACUUAUCAAUUUAUUUAAUUAACAUUUCAUUUGAAAAAUCAGGUAUCAUUGGUAAAAAAUCAAUAAUUGCAUUAGAAAAGGUUACAAAUUUAAUAAAUAAUGAGAAAUUACUUGAUGAUAUUUUAAGAGAAGUGAAAAUGGUAAAUAAUAAAUCAAAUUUGGAGAAUAAGGAUACCGUUUUAUUUCAAGAUUUUUCAGUUACUUUAAAAAGAGGAUUACCAUUGAAUAAUAUAAAUGACAUACAUGAACAAAUUUCGCAAACUUUGUCAAUUGAAGUUAAUCCAGAUGAAGAUUUAGAUUUUGAUUAUUUGCUUAAACUUAAUUCGUUGAAAGAUGAAGCAUUUACGACUUUGAUUGAUUUGGUUUCAAACUGUUUACCAGAAAAUUUGAAAACUUGGGCUAUCAAAAUUAGUGAAGCUUAUUUAAAUUACAAUCCAUUUGCUGAAGAUGAUGAUUUCGAAGAUGAAGAUGAUGAUAUAGAAUUUAGUGACGAUGAUGAGCAAGAAAAUAACGAUGAUGAUAAUGAUGACGGUUCAUGGAAAUUAAGAGCAAAAUCAGCAAUUUUAUUAAAAUCAAUUCUUUUAAAGUUCCCAGAUACUUUAGAAUCAAUAUCAAAAUUAUUACCAAAAUUCCCUUUCUCAGAUUCUAAUGAUCAAGUUAUUCAAGAAUCAAUUAAAACUGCAAUCUUAAUCAUACAAUCUACUUCACCAAGAGAUUCAAAUGAAAUUAAAAAAAUUUAUCCAUUAAUUAAACAAAGAUUAUCAAUUGUGAAAGAAGAUCAAUUGACUAUAUUCCUUAAAUUAAUUGAAACAUUAAAUCGAUUUGACAAUUUAUCAUUAAUUGAAUCAGUUUUUGAAUCAUUUGAAGCAAGAAGUUUUUUUACUACAAGUCAAUUGGAAUAUUUACAAUUUUAUCAUAGCAUUUUAAAAUAUCACGCUUCAUUACCGAUUAAUUUACUUUUUAAAAUAUCAAAUGAUCUUGAAACGAACUUGGAUGAUAAAUCUUUUAACAUCAUAAUUGAAACUAUUAAGUGUAUAAACACAUUAUUUCAUCAAGAUUUAAAACAAUUGACAAAUUUGAAUGAAAUUGUUGAUAAAUUGAUUUUAAUUGUUGAAAAUAGUAAAAAAUAUCCGAGUGAUUUAGUUAGAAUGGCUAUUAUUUCAUUAGGUCAUGCUUAUAAAUUAACAAACAAUACUGAAAAGAUUUUAGAAUCUUUUAAAAUAUCAAUUGCUUAUGAAGGUACCAACAAAACCACUGUUGAUGUAUUAAUCAGUUUACCUGAACAUCCUAAACUUCCAGAAGCAUACAAGUUUUUAUUAUUAGAGAAAUUGGAAUCAUUAAUAUUAUCAUCAAAUGAAACAACAUCAAAAUGUGCAUUACUUUUAACAAACAAAAUUAUACAAUCGUUACCAUGUGGUGAAUUUCAAAUAAUUACAAAUUUAUUUCAAUUAUUAACAGCAACAAAUAAAACAAAUUACAAAUAUAUCUUUGAUAUUUUAAAUCAUUUAGCAGGAAAUUUUGAUCAAGCAUUAUUUUUCAAAAUUGCUAUCAAGUUAUUAAAUGAUUCAAAGAUUGAUGAAAAUGAUGAAUCAUUUUUCAGAUUAUUAAUCACCUUAUGUAAAUUAAAUCCCAACUUAUACAAUGAUUUAAAACCAUUAUUAAAUUUAAAUUUAUCAAUUAAUGCUAAAGUUUUAGCCAUUUGUUGUAUUGAAAAUAAAUUGGAAUCAGAAAUUGAAAAAUCAAGAGAUGAGUUUCAAAAAUAUUACAAAACAAAUAUUAAUGAUAAAAAUUUUGCUUAUCAAAUUUUGUUCCUUGGUUAUAUUGGAAGUGAAGUUGAAAUUCAAGAGUUAGAUAUUAGUUUAUUAAUUGGAUUACUUAAAAAUGAGAAUUUUAUUGAAGAAUUAAACCUAAAAGCUUGCUCUAACGUUUUAGGUUUAAUUUCAAAAAAACAUAUUGAAUCAUCGAAUAUUAUUCUUGACGAAUACAAAUCUAGUCAAAAUACAGUCAUUAGAACUGCAUUAAUUAAUGCUUUAAUUAUCAGCUCUGAUGCAUUUAAUAAAAUACAAAAGAAACAUGUGUGGGAAAUAGUUUUUAACCAAAAACUAGAUUUUGACUCGUCCAUAAUCUAUGAAUUAAGAAAAUCUGGUGAGUUAUUAGGUAAGAUUAUAACCGCGUUUGGUGAUUUAAAAAAUACAAGUGAUCUCAAAAAUGUAUAUUUGACAUUAAUUAUUACAAAAUUUUUACUUAAUAAUUUAGAAUCAUCACAAGUUAAUGAUAAUUUAUUAGUCAAAUUAAUUCUAUUAUCAAUUGAUUGGUUGAGUAUUGUAAAUAUUGAUAUUAGACAAAUCAUAGUUGGUAAUUUAUUAACUGCAUUACAUCAAAAAUCGAUUAUUGUAUUACCAAAUUUAACAAGUUUAAUUUUACCUAAAAUUUUCAAAAAUUUGAAAGCUGAAGAUAAAUUUAAAAAAAUUAUUACUAUGGGUCCUUAUAAAUAUGUCUUGGAUCAAGGUUUAGAAGUUAGAAAAUUAUGUUAUGAAUUCAUAUAUUCAAUUGUUUCAUUAGAUGAUCAGACUUUAGGUAAGUUUUCAGUUAAUUUGACUGUAGUUGUUGAACAAAUUAUCUUGAAUGGUUUGAAAGAUAAUGAAACUGAUAUCACUGUUUUAUCAUGUAUAAAUUUGAUUAACUUCAUUGAAUUGCACAAAAAUCAAUCAGUAUUCUUUUUCAAUGAUGAAGAUAUAUUACUCGAAUUAAUUAAUUGUUUAAAAUUGCAAUUGAAUAAGAAAUUAUCAGUCAAGGCUUCUACUCAAGAAACUGAUGCUCAUCAAGAGAGAAUUAAAUCAAUUAUUAAAUUAACUAAAAAAUUGAAUCCUUUGAUCGAUGAAAAAAGAGAUUGGGUUGAAUAUUUCAAUUGGAUUAAAGAAGAAUUUACUAUAUAUUAUAAUUCUAUUGAUAUUUAA